GCCUUCCGACGUAGUCAUGCGCGGGCCGCGUACGCCAUAACAUCGACCGAACAAAUUAGAGUUGUAUUAAACGCGCGAGAGCGACCGCCGCGCUCACAGCUAUAUAAGUAUACGCCCUAGACACCGCUGGGACUCGCUAGUUCGCUCCAUGUGUCAGUUCGCGAUCGCGCUCGGCGGCCACGCGGCGCUGCUCUGCAGCUAAUCACGAGGUUUAUGCACCAGCCCGCUCCAGACAUCAUCGAGGCCCGCACCAGUCACCAUGUCGCCAAGUAGGAUGCUGCCGUUGGAAGUCAAAUGACAAUAACUAGACUAAAGGAGCGCUCAUGAGGCAGUCUUGCCACCGUCUGCUAGAGCACCAACAAGCGGGCGGGGAGGAACCCCCCCUUUACUCUCCCAUCGACCAAAUUUCAGUGGUACCUGAUCAUGAGGCCCGGGAGGCCGGAGGCAAGCUGACACGAUAUGCGACGACGGAGGAAGACGAAGCCACUCUCAGGGAGCUUCUACUUAGUACUGAUGUCACGUUGUUUUGUGGCAGUCUGCAGCGACAGGUCAGCGUGAUGAGCAUGAAUCUGUCAGCCAAGUUGGACGACCUGCAGAGGGGGGACAAGCAGCUGGAGACGACGGUGGCCCUCUGUGAGAUCCGCACGCAGCUACAAGAACUGACCAAGAGCGUGGAGUCAUGUCAGAGUGAAGUCUCAGAGGUGAAGCGUGACAUGGUCGCCAUCAAGCAAGAGCUGGACACAGUACAGCAGGUCAAGGAGGAGAUAGAGGAGCUGAGGGAGUACGUAGACCGGCUGGAGGAACACUCGCAGAGGCGGAAACUUCGGUUGCUGGAGCAGGGCCUCACUUUCUUUUUAUCCUACGCCAUAUUAGCGGCGGUGCUUGGGAUGCUGCAGUUCGGAUACAACACUGGUGUCAUCAACGCUCCUGGCAAAAACAUCGCUAACUUCAUGAAAGACGUGUACAAAAACCGGUACGGCAUGGACCUCCACGAUGACACGGUCAACCGGCUCUACUCCAUCGCAGUCAGCAUCUUCGCGAUCGGCGGCAUGCUCGGCGGGUUCUCUGGUGGCAUGAUCGCUAACCGGUUUGGCAGAAAAGGCGGUUUAUUGCUGAACAACAUCCUGGGCAUCAGCGGCGCUAGUCUGAUGGGCUUCACUAAAAUCUCACACUGCUACGAACUUCUCAUCUUCGGCCGGUUCAUCAUUGGAGUCAACUGCGGACUAAACACAUCACUAGUGCCAAUGUACAUAUCGGAGAUCGCGCCGUUGAACUUGCGUGGGGGAUUGGGGACCGUGAACCAGCUAGCUGUGACGGUGGGCUUGCUGCUGUCUCAGGUGUUGGGCAUCGAGCAGAUACUGGGCACUGACGAGGGAUGGCCCAUCUUACUAGGCUUAGCGAUCUGCCCAGCGAUUUUGCAACUGAUCCUACUGCCCGCAUGCCCUGAGUCGCCUCGGUACUUGCUCAUCACUCGGCAAUGGGAGGAAGAGGCACGUCGGGCGCUGCGGAGACUGAGAGCUAGCAACCAGGUGGAAGAAGAUAUCGAAGAGAUGAGGGCUGAAGAGCGGGCUCAACAAGCGGAGGCGUCCAUCUCGAUGAGGGAGCUGCUGUGUUCACCGACCCUGCGUGCGCCGCUGCUCAUUGGCGUCGUAAUGCAACUAUCCCAACAACUUAGCGGCAUCAAUGCGGUUUUCUACUACUCAACGAUCCUGUUCACGUCAUCUGGACUAACUGACGAGUCUGCCAAGUUCGCGACCAUGGGGAUCGGUGCUAUCAUGGUGGGGAUGACCCUGGUGUCGCUCCCCCUAAUGGACCGCACCGGACGUCGCACCCUACACCUGUAUGGCUUGGGGGGAAUGUUCAUAUUCUCAAUCUUCAUCACCAUUUCUUUUCUGAUAAAGGAGUUCUUCGGUUAUGUGCAGGAGAUGAUCGACUGGAUGAGCUACCUGUCCGUGGUGUCGACGCUGAGUUUCGUGGUCUUCUUCGCGGUGGGCCCCGGGUCCAUCCCCUGGCUAAUCACAGCUGAGCUCUUCUCGCAAGGCCCGCGUCCCAGCGCUAUGGCCAUAGCCGUUUUAGUUAAUUGGAUGGCCAAUUUUGUCGUCGGGAUAGGCUUCCCUAGCAUGAAGGCACUGCUGGAAAACUAUACAUUCCUGCCUUUUAGUGUAUUCCUUGCAAUUUUUUGGAUAUUUACGUAUAAAAAAGUUCCUGAAACGAAAAAUAAGACCUUUGAAGAGAUCUUGGCUCUAUUCCGAAAUUCCAACGGAAGGGACAGUUUUCGCGACAGCCGUUUGUAUGGAAGCAUGAUGAACUGCGUGAAUGCGUUGGAGCAGCAACUGCCCCCGCCACCACCACCGGCGCCGGUCGACGAGAAACACGAUUCAUUGUCAGAACAGUCGUCGGGUGGAGGAGAUGCGGGUCGGCCGCCGCCGCCACUGCCGCCCCCGAGGUUCCCGGCCCCGGGCAACGUCUGACAAUGGGAGACUGCGCGUGCGCCUCUCGUGAGGCCCCUCAAGGCCGCCGCCAGCUUCUUGUUUCAUGGACUGAAGCGACAAGCCGCGGGGCGCGCCUCUAUCACUACCACACAACAAAUGUUCUAAAUUGAUGUGAUUAGGUUAAUAACGAAUAGUAUAUAAGUCACGGCGUAAAUUUAAUAUAGCUCUUUAGUCUGUCAUUUUAUGAUAUAAUUUAUGAAUGCAUAGGUACCUUGUAAAGUGCCACGAUACUUGUACCCAUUUUAAUUAGGUCUUCAUCAAACUUUAUGAGGAUGACAAUGACUGUCGGCGCGGUACCAUCGCGGGGUGAUCUAUACUUUAACGGUCUACAGAAUCUAGCUUCUGAUAUUUAUAUUAAAGUUAACUGAUAGGUAAGUAUGUUCGACAAAAGAAUAUUCAUAAUUAAAAAGCAGUAGAUUUUUAUCAACUACAUUACAUUAUAGUGGUGGAUGCCUUUGUGAAUUCUGAUUUAGGACGCGCGAGAAUGUCCGGCGCAAAAUGCGCACGGAUGAAAUGCCAACUACCUAAUCUACGUAGAAAAUUAUGGAUGGUUAUAAAACGGGGUGAAUCUGAAUACAUGAAUACAUAAAAGUAAUGGUAAUGAACGUAAGGUCACUAACGUGUAUAAAAAUACAAUGUACUUACAUGCUGUGACUAAAUUUGUAUUGUUGAUUUUUAUAUAAUAUGGUCAUUAUUAUUUUACGAAAGUUUUAGUCUCAAUUAAUUGUUGUUAAACAUAUUAAUAAAGUCAUAUCUAAAAUUACCGAUAUUCUACAUAAAUACCGUUGCAUUUGUAGACGUGAUUUUAAUUGAAAACGUGGGAAUUGAUAAUAUACGUUAUAUUAAUUAAUUCGGAGCAACACAUAGUCAUAAUACACAUGAUAAACACGCAUGUUUUUGUUAUUGUGAUUUGUUUGCGUUUAGGUAAUUUAUUUAUAGGAUUAAGUGAUAAUACAAAAAUAAUGUCUUUUUAAUUGACGGCGACAACAGAAUAGAAUAUGGUAAGUUAUACAAUUUUGUGAAGACUUUUAAGGAGAAAAGUAAAGCUUUUAACUUAUACGCCCUAGAUGACGAACAAAAGUUUAAUUAAAGAAAAUAUUAGUUAGGGUUCUGUAGUUACUACAGGGUGUAGUCAAUUUGUUCGUCCAUGCAUCUCUAACUCUGCUCAAUUCAAUAUUAAGACUAAUGCAUACGGUUUUUAGUAUUUCGUGAUCGGUGCAGUUUGCACGGCCUAAUAUAUUAAUGAGGACACGAGUGUCCCACGCGGCGACUGAAUAAUAUCAUUUAAUGUUAUAUUUAUAGCUCAAAUAUUGGUAUGGAUUGUGAAAUUUAUGUACUUAACAAUCGUCGCUCUUGAUGUAUUAUAUAUUAUACAUUGUGAGCUCGAUCCGUAUUAUUUAAAUAGAAAGGUGUUUCGUUAUUACUGGACAUCGGAUUAUAUGCAUUAGGUACAAUGGUUAGGUACAUGUAAUUUUUUACGAGUUUUUUUGCACAUUCAAAAACAAUUGCAUCAAUAGUGCGAUAUUUCAAUAUCGACUUUAACAGCGUAAAACAACAUGUUUCCACAGGGUGAAGCUAAAGAAUAUUAUUCAGUAAAGAUACAUACAAAAAAACAGAAACCUAAAAAAACAUUACUGAGUCACUCGAACCCAAAGCCAGUUUGGACAGUUUCUCAAGAAAAUACUUGUGUAUAUUCCGUUCAGUCAUCAAAUAAACGAGCUCGACUGACAGACAACGAGGACAGACUUAUGGGUGGACUGAAAUUAUGGGUAAGGAACGGAAGAACAAUAAGAAAGAAACGUUAGAAAUAGCUUAUGUUUACGCAUAUUUUUUACCCUUUUUGUGCCAUUUAGACAGUGCAUUUAAUCCAAUAUCUAGUUAUUGCUAAAAGUACGUCAUACGAUGUGGUUAUGUGUUAUUUCUACGGCCAAUUAGUUAUGAAUUAAUGUAAUGAUACGAUAAAUUUUUAAAUGUACGCCCGGUACUGAAUCUAUCGCAAUAUAAUUUGAUAUAAAAGAGUUACAUACUAACCAUGACAUAUCAACAAAAGUGUUACACAGCAUGCGAGCGAGUGAUCUGUAAUAUUAGUUUUAUUGGGUUUUACUGAAGGUUCUACGUUAAUUUAGAGACACGGUGUUAUCCCAGAGCUUCUACCUUAUUAAUCAAGUGAGUUAAUUGAUCUAUUCUCGAAAUUAUAUGCCGAUUGAGUGCAACGAGUGAAUUGUAUACCUGUUACACUAAACAUAUUGUCAAAUUGCAGCAGAGUCGUUUGUGAUGUCAGUUUCUUAUAGGUCACAUACCUGUACCUAAUAAUAAUUGAUAGAAACUCUGGGAAGGUUGGUUUGAUAUUAAAACAAUAGUGAUUUGAAGCCGUAAGAUUGGCUUUCGGACGAAAUGUGAGCUGGUAACAGUUAUUUCCGCUUGAAAUCGUGAUGUUUCGAUAAAGAUUCUAAUGCAAAGUAUAGAAUAAAUAUUUAGAUAUUGUGCCCUGUACUGUGCCCUAAGAAAUUGGGGUUCUCAUAGUCAAUAAACGAGGAAAAAUUACCAAUCUGCUAAAGUUUGCCUUACACACAAAAGUUUUGUUCGUAAUCUUAUUUGUUAGGUUUUAGUUAACGCACGAUGCAAUGUAACAAUAUUUUUGUAAUGUUUUCAUACAAAUUUAAAUCAAUCAAUAAUUUAUUUUAUGAAUUAAUUCAGCCGCAACAGCGUUAGAGUAACUGUUUCAUAUUGGGAUAGAUCCACAAAUUAUGCUGUCUAUACCAAUGUCCCAAAAUAUCUACUUACAUAAGUAAUGAAUACUUAGUAAACGUAAAACACAAACAAUAGACAAUAUGAUCAUUAAUAAUAAUUAUUUUAUAAAAAACAACAAGCUAUAUACCAAAACAAUAUAUAAAUAGAGGUAAAAUUUAGAGUACAACCUUAAGACCUAUAUUAGUAGCAUUAUAUAUAUAUAUAUAUAACUCUGAGAUCGAUUACCUACUUACAAUAAGCUGUGUUCACAUAUUAUAUCCUAGAUAAAUAUAAAACGGCACAUCGCGUGAUUUUUUUCUUUAACUCUUUUUACGUAUAAAUUAAUUACAAAAUGCUACUCAUAUAAGUCUAAAAAUAAUUGUGGAUUGCUUACAAUGAUUGGUUACGAUAGGUGGCAAUGAAUAUAUAAUAACAACGACGUUUAUUGCCAUAAUAGAAUCGAUAUAUAUCGAUGAAGGACAUUCAUAUACAAUAUGUUGCUCCUAAACUAAGUAUACUGAGUAUCUGAACAUGAAUGAAUUGAGAUGUAAUGGAAUGUUAAGUAUUAUUUCCUAUGCAUUAUCCGAUUUUAAAUUUGUUUUAUGGCUGGCCCGAAAAUUGGCGAAGAAUUAUUGUCAACAGUAUUAUUGCACAAAUCAUAGUUAUCGCACAACUUUAGGAUAAACUAUUCCGUAUAUCUAACUCAUGUUUGGAAUAGAUUUCUUAUUGAAAUCUCAUAAUUCUCCAAUAGUAAAUCACACGAGCAAUAUCAAUAAGCAGCCAUUUCCCACACACAAAUAGUUUUUAUUAAGAGCUGAGAUGCAAUUUUGCGACGACAAAGUAAACCAGAAAUGGCCAAUGGUAUCGGUUUAAACAUCAAUUUUCGGGCAAUUAAAGGCCAAAGGUACGAUUUGUAAAUAAAUAAUUUAUAGAUAUAAUUGUAAUGGGUCGAUGACCUCCCUGCUUGAGAUGUAAGUAAAUACCCUUAGCAUGUACUGCGGCGGGUGGGCAAGACGCAGGGGAUUGACUGAUCUUAACUCCUUUCAUUAGAAAUUGUCGAAGACAUACAUUACUAUUGAUAUCACAUAUAAUUAAAUACAUAGAUACUCAUUAAAAUUGUGUUUAAUUGCCAAAUUUUAGGAUUUAAAUACUUUCUUCCAUCUAUCUAUUAAAACUUCUUCAUAAUCUAAUAAUACCUAAGUAAGGAAUGACAGUGGAUCUUGUAAUGCAUGGUUCAGAUGUUGCGAGCGUGUACGGGUGAAUUUCACGAGCGUUUUGAACGCCGCCGGGGUAUAUCAUUAGUGUUUAUUAAAUUGUACCAUACACAGUAAUCAAUUUAAUUAUCCUAUUUUGUAAAUAAGUAAAGUACUGGUACAAUAUUAAUUUUAUAAUUGUUUAACUUAAAAAAAAAAGAUUCUUUAUUCAAAAAAUAAUGUAAGAAGAAAGAAGAAACGUGUAGCCUUCAGACAGUCGUGAAAUUCACCCAUACAAGACGAUCUGCUUAGUAUACUCAGUGCAACUGACACAAACCUAUAACAACAUGAGAGCUGCCAUCGAGCAGUCCGCAAAUUUGUUGUCAAUGUAAAGUAUAUAGGACACUAAAGCUCAUUUUUCAUUGAACGUAAUCUUGCCGUAGAGAGCGACGAGUUAGAGGGUGAAUUUCACAAGCGUUUGAACACGGCGUGUAGCAUUUCACAUUAUGAAUAUAGAAACCUUUUUUUUAAUAAUUAAACAUUUAUAAAAUUAACAUCGUGCCAGUACUUAAUUUAUUUAUAAAAUAGGAUAAUUAAAUUGAUUACUGUGCAUGGUACAAUUCAAUAAACACUAAUGAGAGCCCGCGGCGGAGUUGAAAACGCUCGUGAAAUUCACCCUAGAAGUGUUUUAUGACUAUCACUAGUACAUGUGAGUACUGAGAUUUGGUGUGCUGUAAAAUCGGCUUGCAACAACUAAACUGUCCAGCAUUCAGGGUUUAGACAUUACGAGCCAAACAUCCGAAUAGAGUCUGUGUAACUCGCACUGUGUAAACGUAUCUUACAAACUGAUAAAUUUUUUCACUCGCUCGUACGAGUAGCUGUCUACUGUCUGGCCAGUAGGCUCGUAAAGUUUGAAUAAUUCACCGUUUAGUUUGAGGUCACAAGCCAGCCAAGUACCAAAUAUACAGUAACUAGCACAGUGUAAUUUUAAUCUUCAGAGUUGUUUACACGCGUAUUAAAUAGCAACCGAAUUUUUUGCUUUCAAACUUUCGUUUUAAAGAAUAUCGGUGUAAUACUUAGUUAUGUACUAAAUUUAUAGUGUAAUCUAUACUAUCCCCAUCAUAAACUUAAACCAGUAACAGUAAAUAUAGGUAAUACAACAAUUUAAUAUCACAACGACAAUUUCUAUAGAAAGGAUUAGUGACAGUCUACGAAUACGCGCAAUUUCUAUAAUAUUGACUAUUAAUAAAAUGCUAGGGCACGUUUGUCGACAUUUCUAAAUUGCAAUAAAUAGAUCAAGACCUAAUAUAAAAGUAUAAAAUUGUUGUUUGUAUUGUAAUAUAUCAUUAUGUUGUCAACUAAAUACCCGAAUCAUUAACAUAUUUUUGUUAUUUAAGGAUGUUUAUUUAUGUAGAGAAUGGAUUAUUUGUCAGAGCUGCUGUGAUGUAAUGAUUUCCGUAUCUAUUCAAUUAUGUAAAUAUUUAAGUAAACUAUAUAUUAAAAAAAAAAAGAUUUUUAUCGGCAAACGUGUUUUCGUCUCCACACAGAUAUAUUUAACUAACACUUUUCAAUAAUGUGUAGCAAAUAAUAAAUUUAAAAGAGUGAAAAGGUAACAAAUUUUGUAUUUAUACAAGUGUUACAAACAAACAAAUAUAUUCUAAAUUACCUAUAGAUAUAGAUAAAUUGUAGGUUUACGGGAAUAGUAAGCAAAUCUAGGUGCAGAUGGCGAGUUAGUUCUUGGGAUGUAACAUGGAUUAAGUAAAUACUAGUACCUACUAAUUCCAUGGGAUGUACAAACCAGCCGUUGCCAUGGUGCACAAGUCAAUGUCAUCGACAUUGUAUUGAAUGCAUUACAAAAUCAUCGUUUUGGCGAACGAUGGAGCCAUGAAACUUGAAAAAAAAAAAAAAGGUUUUACGUUUGUCCAUUGAUGAGAAAAUAUUGCUAGAAUAUCGUAUGUUUUGAAACCUAUGAUUGUUGUACACAAUCCAGUUUAUUGAAAUGGAACCGAUUGGAAAAAUAGCACCAGUGCUACCCAAAAAUAUAAUUGAUGGUUGAACUCAUCUUUCACCUUACAACCGCCAUUACCAAAAAUAUUAGUUUUAAUUAUUGCUUUUAAUCUUUAGCGCUAUUCUAUUGUUACAACGACAUUUGUUUUAUUCUGUAAGAAUUAUAUAUUAACCACUAUGUUAUAACACUAUGUAAAAUUACUAAACGUCAGUAUAGACAAUAGUUCUUUAAUAGUUAACACUUUAUUUAAGAUAUCUCCAACAUAACCUCACAUGCUAGUCCUGCCCUCUAGCGUGAUAAUAUUAUAUUACAGUAAUAUUCCCUUGAGAAAUUUGAAUGAAAUACAAAUCGUUAAUAUAUUGGUACCUAGUGUGCAUAUUAUUGUGAUUUUUAUAUGUAAGAUGUGUAAUAAUCUUAAUCAGGAACUAUGUGAAGGCUUAAUAAUAAAUUGAUUUGUGGAGACGACUGGCUAAUACUUGUUGUUAACCGACCACAGACGAACUGAUAAUUAUCAUUGUCCUAUAUUGUCCAUAUUAUCCAUUUUUUGUCAUAAUAAGUAUACGAAUUUGUGUAUGUCUGUAUGAUAACUAACGCUAACUAGCAUUGUUAUACUUUAACAAUGUUAUACAUGUUCCAUGAGUUAUUAAAUGUACCUAGUUUAAUAACUCAUGGAACAAGUAUAACAUUAAAAUAUGGACAAAGUUCACAAAAAGUUAACUUUUCGGGUAACAUACUUAUUGAUGAUUGCAAGUGAUGUCGAAACAAAUUUGCUUAUUUACUUUGCUUACCUUAUUAGUAUAUAAUAAAGUUAUUUACUUACAACUUCACAUAACGAUGGUGAUACAGACACUUAAUGAACUAUCAAAUUAAUUUUGUCUCACAUUACAAAAACAAUUCCGGCAAACACGAUAUCUUUUCGUCUAUGAUCGGUUUUAUUUACAGAAAGGCGAAGCCGUGUGGACACGUGCAAGGCACGAACUUACCUUGUGAUGGAGACCGAAAGAAUAUUUGUUGGUGCCUCUAUGAGAUUUUUUUAGCGAUGGUUUGAUUUGUGAGCUGGCUGAGGUUCAUUCAUGGACAUAGGUACAAUUGGCUGAAGGUUAAGUGCUCGCGCUCACUGCGAUUAUUUGACGCGCGAUUGUUUCAUCGCGGUAAUUUAAUUAUUUAAUUAAUUUAAAAUUAAUUCAAUAAUUAAAAAUUAAUUAAUUAAUAUGCCUUUAUAUGAGAUUGCGCAUAUGCCACAAAAAUUAGUACCAGAGGCGCGUUUACAAUCGCGGUGCUCGACAGAAAAUCGCAGUGCGCGCACUGUUAAAGUUCAUACACUAUUCUAUUACGGCUCGCCUUAUGUAACGUAUGCAUAGCAAAUCUUGCAUAUACAGAUGGGUAUAGACGUCGUCUAAUAACGAAAUACGAAUAUAUUAUUUUAUUCGCAUAAUUGACAAUAUACACAGAAUAUGUCGGCUAGAGAUUGCGCGAUGUUCGACCUGUUUGUCUGUACGUUGUCGGUCACGUAGCGUUGGAUGCACGGACGGACAGAUAUAUUGGGAAUACCCAAAUCGCUAGUGGAAAAUACCAUAAUAAUUCUCUAAGCACUCAGAAGUACCGCAACUCAGAUAUAGGUACGUUUUCGUUUCAAAACAUGCGGACGGUCUGUACUUGUACAAACGACUUGUAAAAUUUUAUUGGAACUACUUGUUAUAAAAACGUAAA